GUGCUUCUGAAUCUUUGCUGGAAAGAAUUUACUUCAACUCCAUUUCCGUUCAUCACUCUUGCUCCAGGAGCUACACUAACGCCGCCGACAUUGCCUACAUUCCCAACCCUCCCUCCAACCAUGGUGCCACCACUUACUCCUACAUUACCUCCCCCAACACUCACUCCAGUUCCACCUGUUCCUCCCAUUACAAUGACUUUUGUUCCUCCAAUUACAAUGACCUUUGUUCCACCACUGACCACUCUUCCACCGAUUACAACAUCUCAAAUUCCACCAAUUACUCUCCCACCAGUUCCUCCACUAACGACGACUGAUCAGCCACGUUUAACUCCUGUUCCUCCGAUUCUAACGCCCUUCCCACCAAAUCCUCCACCUCUAACUCCUGUUCCUCCAGGAACCCUCACCCCAGUUCCUCCCGGAUCCCUCACCCCAGUUCCUCCAGGAUCACUCACCCCAGUUCCUCCUGGAUCUCUCACUCCAGUUCCUCCAGGAUCACUCACUCCAGUUCCUCCAGGAUCCCCAAUUCCACCUCUUACAACUGGUAUGACUCCACCAGUAAUUCUCACGCCGUUUCCCCCUGUUACACAACCACCUGUUCCACCCCUUACAACUGGCCCAUUUCCACCGGUAAAUACUCUCACUCCUGUUCCUCCUCUCACGAGUGGAAUAACUCCAUUUCCUACAAUCCCGAAUAUUACACCACCAAUUCCUGUUAUCUGUGACCCAGUUCCACCCACUUGUCCACCCCCAACGGCUCCUGGUCAACCACAAAUACUCCCCAAUGGAUGUCCCUGCCUUGAUCCUCGCAUGGUGAUGCUGGAUUUAAUUCUGGACUUAAUCCGACGCGGUGACCUUCGACUCUGAUCAGCCUUCAACCAACAAAAUCUUAUUGGACAGAUUCCUGUGAGAAAAAGUGCCCGUUCUGUGAUUCAUCGAUAAAAAAAAAUGGAUGUCAUGUGAAAUGCUGUGUCUCAAUUGUUUCACACCCAACCUCAGUCAGGGAAAUUGUGUUUCCUUCCAAUCUUGUCCUACCCUCGCUGAACUACUCCAACAAUACUACCAAACAUCAGAUGUGCGGAUUGCUAAUUAUAUUCAGCGUUCCUUCUGUGGACAGGAUAGUUAUUCGUUCUUUGUUUGUUGCCCUGUUUCUGGUGGAGAUUCAUCCAAUGUGCUCAUUUUCUAUGAUCAAGUAAGCACACCAUACCCUCUAUACCCCUUCCAAGGAUUACGUCAGGGUAGUACCGGAGAUGCCCUUCAAUGUGGAGUGAGUAAUUCCACAUUUACGAGGGUUGUGGGUGGAGAAGAUGCAUCAAUUGGUGCCUGGCCAUGGAUCGCACUUCUUGGCUAUCGAUCUCCUGGACGUGGACUUACGUUUGCAUGUGCUGGAUCUCUUAUCUCACAACGACAUGUCCUCACUGCUGCACACUGUAUUCAGGAAUCUCUAUACCUCAUUCGUUUGGGAGAACAUGAUUUAUCCUCAACAACGGAUGGAGCCGUACAAGACAUUCCAAUAGAAAAGAAAACCGUCCAUCCUGAUUUUCAGGCAAAAAAUAUCUUAAGUGAUAUUGCAAUCAUUCGUCUUGCCCAACCAGCUACAUUGAAUGAUAGAGUGGCUCUUGUCUGCCUUCCCACCGAUACGAAUUUACGACAAAAGGAUUUAACUUACUACCAGCCUUUUGUUGCCGGCUGGGGAGCUACAUCCUACCGGGGUCCUUCUGCGAAUAUCCUGCAACAAACUCAAAUCCCAAUCCUCCCAAUUAGUGACUGUGAAACCAACUACCAAAGCAACUUCCCAACACUUGUUUUUGAUGACAAGAUAAUUUGUGCUGGCUGGCCAAGUGGAGGAAAGGAUGCCUGUACUGGUGACAGUGGUGCUGGACUCUAUCUUCCGCAGCUGUCAACUGAUAAAACAUUUUACUACUACAACGUCAUAGGGAUUGUGUCCUAUGGAUAUGAAUGUGCUCUUCCGGGAUACCCUGGAGUCUACACAAGGGUCACAUCCUUUCUCUCAUGGAUUAAUGAUCAACUCAGUCAGUGAGUUUAAUCGCUUCUGUUGCACAAUUUGGUUCUUCUUUGAGAAUCGUCUCUCCCAGUGAGUUACUUCAUGUACUUUUAUUGACUUUAUGUUUGAAUAGAUAGUUGACC